AUGGCCAGAAGACCAGACGUGGGAAUCGGGAUCAAACACAGAGCAAAGCUACGAGUACUAGAAAGUCAGAGUGUGAACUAUGAAGCAAGGAUGAGAACACCAAGAAGCUUCAAACCUUCUUCCGCGUUGUUACUUAGUACUGAACACGAUUGA